UCUUUGCAGGUCAAUAACAAAGAAAAAAAAAGUGCAGCAAUCUUUAGUGGAGUUUUGAAGAAAGUGAAAGACAGUUUUUCUUACCGAACUUACAGACAGAUUUUGACAAUAACUGUUUCAUCAAAAACCUAAUUUCGAUUGGCUAAUAACUGGAUUGCGGCUUGCAAACUGCCAGGUCUGUUGGCAUUGUUUAAGCAAAGAAGACAAACAUGGAAACAGCAAGGAUGCUGCGGCUCUUGGGAUCUGUUCUCUUGAUAAUCUCCUUGGGCAAGCACGAAACGUCGGCAGUAAUACCCGGGCAUCGCGAGGAUGUGAUAAAUACCCUUAGAUGGCUCAUGGGAAAGCACUACUAUCCUACCACUGCCUCGAGACUCAGCGACGACUUGUCUGCCAGUAUUUGCGUCUCUCAUUCAGCUUUGACUUUGGCUUCAACACAACAGUGGAGUUAUGACAUGUGGGAUGCCAGUGGGAAAAUUCCUGACGGAGCUGCUGCUGGGGCCACAGAAGCCAGAGGACACCCUGAAACUUGUGAAGGUGUUGGCGUGAACUUCCCAGGUACUCUGGAGUCACAACUCUUUCCCCACCGCCACUUCCUAUCUGCUCGCAACAUCUCUCUUCAAGAUCUCCAUCCAGGAGCACUCCAAAAACGAGACACUUCCAUGAAGGGGAAAUACUGCCUCGUCUCCGUCAGAGGCGGAAAUGCCAAAGGACUCGGAGCUGGUGGGUCAUCUCAGCUUCUAGCUUCCCUUGCAGGAAAAUAUGCCCAUACGUAUGCUACCUGCAUCCCAAACACAUGUUCUUCCAAAAUCUUACAGGAAUCACUACAGACAGUGCAGGAAGAUGGAUCAUGGAUAAGUGUAAUCUGCGAUGGUGAAGUAAAAGAGGAUGAAGUCACAACUUCCGAGUGGAGUUUCUUGACAGUGACAGUUGUUCUGUUGGGCCUGGCCGUCGCUGCUGGCAUUAUAGAAACCCAGUAUCCGUGCGCGAGAACCCAAAACGGGUGUGACUGCUCUGCUGGUCGCAAACUUCUCCACUGCUUUUCCUUCAGUCAAAACAGCCAGAAACUUUUCUCCUUCAGCACGACACCAGCAAGUUUCCAAACGCUUGAUGGACUCAGGGUUGUGUGCAUGAUAUGGGUCAUAGCUACUCACCGAUAUAUGUUCUUCCUUAUUUCCUCCGCUAACCCAAAUGACAUCCUCAAGCACAUGACCAACUGGCGGUACUCAUGGGUCUUCAACGCCUACCCUUCUGUGGAUACUUUCUUGUUUGUCUCUGCUUUCUUGGUCUCUGUCAUCCUCAAGCAGCGUCUGAAGCAAUUCACAUUCGCUGGAUUUUACUUGCAGAGAUACCUCAGACUGAUCCCUGCCAUGGUCUACAUGAUCUGGGGAUGUUCAACAGUGCUCCGCUACCUUGGCUCAGGCAUUGUUUGGUCUAGGACUCAUUACGACAUGUUCAGUCGACCUUGCACUCAGACAGCUCAUCACAACAUCCUGUUUGUGAACAACCUUAACGACUCCAAUGAUAUGUGCAUGGGACACCUCUGGUCUGUGGCAGUGGAAUGGCAGCUGUACCUCGUCACUCCCCUGAUCUUACUGCCCUUAUACUGGUACCCGACCCAUCGUUUCCGCUGGGCUCCCCUUCUUGCCUUCUUUGCCAUCUCGGUCCUCACUCCUGCUGCUGUGACAGUCAUUGGAGACCUCCCUCCCACUGCUACAUUCUGGGACUAUGAAGCAUCACAACGUUUCUACAACACAAACUACAUUACCUCCUGGUGUCGCGCAGCCCCCUACUGCAUUGGCCUGGCUGCUGGCUACCUCUAUCACUGGAUGGAUGAAAACCACAUUACCCUCAGCAUGUUGUUUGUUCGCAUUGGCAAAGUUCUGUCGACCCUUAUUGGUGUUGCAGUCAUGGUCGGCCCAAGCUUCUUGAUGGGGCAGGGCAAAUACUGGGCAGCACUCUAUUCCUCACUGUCAAGGCCUGCUUGGGGUCUAAUGAUGUCGUUCAUAGUCAUUAAUGCCUGCAAGGGCAAACCAGGUUUCUGGGUAUGGCUGUCUUCAAGGAGCUGGGUGACACCUUUAUGCAGAGUAUCUUACUGCAUGUUCUUGGUCUCACUUCCUCUUCAGACUAUGGCGGCUGCACGAACACAGAAACAGCACUACGACCAUUUGUCAGGGUUGUAUUUGGUCAUCGGAGAUCUUGUCCUCAGUUACUUCGCAGCUGUUGCUCUUCAUCUCCUGGUGGAGUCUCCUUUCUCAAGAGUCGUUGGCCUAAUGUUAUCAGGCAAACUCUCUCGCAAGUCGAAGGCACCAUCAGAUCCUACGAGGACGAACGCCACCCUGGCAGAACAGAGGGCGCCGCCAGCUUCAAGGCAACAGCUCGUGCUGGAAGCUCUGUCAGCAGAGUCAGGCUGUACUAUGCGGAACAGAAACAUCUGAAGAGGCAGAGGAAGUUCCGUUGUCACCUCUCUUCUUCUUCUUCUUCUUCCUCCGCUGUCAACCAGAACUCCUGUACAUACAGCCUUCUAAUUUAUUUGUUGUGUAGCACAUCUCGACUCUCGCUCAUUGACUCAGCUGCCUCUCACGAGGCAGCAGUUAUUUAUCUGUUUAUUUAUUCUGUGUUAUUAUUUAUUAUGUAUGUUAUAUGGGACGGAUCGUUCAUUCUCAGAUAAAGUUUCGAUUAUAGGAUCAAGUUAAUCCCCUGAAUGAAUCGAGAGUUAACACUGAAAUUGCUGUAAAGUUAGGUGCCUCGCUAAGAUUUGCAUGUAUGAAGGAAUAAUUUCUUUUCCUAGGUGAUAGCUAACUAACAAGGGAACCAACUGUCCCAAGCAAGAGGGUAGCUUAGGUAAUGCUUAUAUAUGCUCUUAUUUAAGUCUAAUUUGCAUAUUAGCAUUUGUGUCUAAGAUCAACUUCUUCCUCUACUUAAUGUGACUAGAUUAUUGUUUGAUUAUACAUUAAUUCAAAUAUGUGACAUUCGCAUUUUAUUCUAAAGUUAAUUUUUUUAUUAAUUGUUUUGAGAACAUAUAUCCAAAGAACAAUUUAUCUUACUUGUUAUUUAUUGAAGUUCAUUUGUCAGAAUGAAUCACGUGUGUAUCUCUAAGAUAUUUAUUUCAUAUUUCAUAAUUGUUCGCCUGUUGAUCAGGCUUCUGUGAUACUUAAUAUAUUUUUACCUUCGUUUUGUAUGACGUAAAGUUAUUUAAU